AUGAAGAUCCCCCUGUCAGCAAUCCUGCCCGGCCAGGCCUCCGAGGCGUGCUGCACGUGCGCGACGGUGCUCUCCGACGUCCCGAGAUACUCGCCCCAGACCGAGAAGCCGUACCCGGGCGACAGGAGGCUGGAGUGCUGCUCGAGGGUCAUCUGCGGGCGGUGUAUUCACGACAACGCCCGCUUCGCCUCGUACUGCCCCUACUGCCAGAUCGCCAGCGAGCCAUCCAAUCCUCUGCCACAGGGCCUCCGGGAGCCGCCCUCCUACGACACGGCAACGGCCAAGACGGCCCCGCGGACGCCAGCCACACCCGACAACAACGACGACGCCGCCCCGCCGCCGCCGUACAAGCCGUCCACUACCCACUCCUCCUCUCCCACCUCCUACCCCUCAGACGAGAAGUCCAGCAACGACGACGAUCCCCCGCCCCCAGACACGCUCCACUUCGUACACCCAACAGACGACACGAUCCCCUCGCUGUCCCUGCGGUACAACGUGCCAGCAGCAGUCCUGCGGCGGCACAACAACAUAACAUCAGACCACCUCUUGUCUGCGCGGCGGACGCUGCUCGUGCCGGGCACCCACUACCCGUCGGGGGUAUCGCUGAGCCCGCGGCCCGUGGAGGGCGAGGAGGAGGAGGCGCGCCGCAACAAGAUCCGCCGCUGGAUGGUCGCGACCAAGUGCGCCGGCUACGAGGUCGCCGAGCUGUACCUCGCCCAGAGCGGGUACGACCUCGGGGCCGCGGUCGAGCGGUACCUUGGUGACGAGGAGUGGGAGAGGCUGCACCCGCUUGAGGGGUCGGGGAAGGGCAAGGGCAAGGGUAAGAUGGGCCCUGCCAAGGGCGGGACCUGGGCGGCGCAGGCUGCGUUUUUGAAGAGGCAGGGCCCGUCGCGAUGA